AUGGCCCGCAAGCGAAAGAAGUCAAACCCAGAUGCUGCAGACACAUCGGACGGCCGCGAUGGCCUUCCACUGGCAGGGCCCUCGCCUCCUGAGCCUAUUCAUGCUUCCGGCUCGAGCAGAACUCUCCGUCCUCGGAAGCCCUCCCGGCCAAGCUCUCAUAUGCCGGUAUCUCUCCCUCGACAGCCUGCGCCUGUAGAAGAUCGUCUCCCUGAGCCCCACGUGAAACGCGCUCGUCUCGGUGCUCACGACGCAAUGCUUGUGCUCUCCUCGGAGACUGCCCAGUCGGGCUCUGUUGUAGCAGCCGAGUCUUUGACCAACCCGCAGCCCAGCGCAAGGUCUUCUCGUAUUGCCACCCAAAAUCUCGAUCUAGCUCGUUCUCCUGAUCAUGGGCUCGCUUCGGCUCGGAUACAGAUUGCUGGUGAUAGGCUCCUGUCUACUGAGCUGGACUUCGGGUCGAAUCGACCUCACCCUGAUGUUGACCAUAACAUACGAAGGCUCCCCAUACCGGCCAAUAAAUUCGGAAUCGUUGAAACAACACUUGAACGCCCUGCUCGCUCUCCUUCAGUAGAUCCUGGCCAAUCUUCUCAGCUCACCUCGAGUUCUACGCCAACGUUCCCUCCUCACGCUGUUCUGCUGAGCACCACUGCUGAAGCACCAUCUACUCCCCCAAGCGUCACUCCGUGGGAAGCCUUGUCCCCUUCCCAAAAAACACAGCACGAAAUUCGGUCUUCUACUCCCCCACGUGAAUUGGCACCUCCUCCCAAAAACACUACGCCACAGAAAGAGGUGUACCCAGUCGUAAUGAACUGGCUCAAAAAUAUUUUAGAGGUUGAGUUUAAACCCUUGUUCGAUUCGCUUCGUGGAGGCAACCGCAUCUCCCAACGCUUUGGAGUCGACAAUGGCCGUUUGACGACCCUGACCCUGGAUGAUUUUGACUCCCCCCCCGCAGCGCUUUCAGCGCAAGUCAAGCGUGUUGCUGUUUAUCACCAGAACACGAUUCUGACUGGAAACCAGGGGCAAGGCAAGAGCCGAACUUGCACACAACAUGCUGCAGAGACAGGUGGCUUCCUAUUUGCCCUUUUUCACAAAGAGGAGGGCCUACGCAAAACGUUCCCCAACGGCUCCGCGGUUUACGGCUCCCAGGACCUUCAGCUAGCAAUAACGGAGAUCCUGGAAAACAAGUCCAAAUUCAGCGACAUAGCCGAAGAUCCCCAGCAAAUAGAGGACAACAGGGAGGCGGUCGAACAUAUGGCCUUAACAGUGGCCUGUAGUCGAGUCUUCGUCUUCAAUGCCUUCCUUAGGUGUAAGCCGGACGACAUAUCGCUGGAGGACUGGCUGCAUGACUGGACCGCGUUUCAAGUGGCCUCUGUGUUGUGCAACCCGGACGAUGCUGGACCUCUCGAGGACAUCUUCGUGCGCGUUUCCGCACUGCUUCGAAAAGCGUCUACGGAAGUACUUCUCAGACUCAUCGAUUUUUUCUGGCAUCAAAUUACAUCGAAAUGCCCAAGGUUCUUGGAUUUUUUCCCUCUGUUGCUGGACGAGGCUAGCUUUGGCCUACUUCUAUGGAAUCUCUCUCACUUCCGCUGUCGUGAUCUCCCCGAUGAACCUUGCUCAGUUCUGACAGAGAUAUAUCUUGUCUGGAUGAAGUUGGGCAUCUUCACCAGCAGCGUCUUCUCUAGUCAAAGCGGCGUAUCGGCGGACACCAUGAGGCGCGCCCUUGAGCCUACUGCGACCCUCUCUGGCUGGAAAACAAUCGAGGUUUCCAUCGAAGGUGGCUUUCGCAACUCGGAGGAUCACCGAGAAUUCUUACGGAACAAGCUUCAAGGCUGGGCUGACGAAAACGGUAUCUCGAAAAAGGCUUUCGAAAGUUUUAUGACACGCGCAGUGACGUGGCUUCGUGGUCGCUAUGAGCUUACGGUGUGGCUCAUCGAGCUCAUACUGGAGACGAAGACAAGAUCUCCACAACGCCUUCUCAGUCGUCUCGUCCUCUUCUGGACCAGAGGUUGGACUGCUACGGAUGGUGGACAUUUCGAGUCCGCUGAACCUGAGCUUGAGGAUAACAUCGAGCAGAUUAUGGAACGGGUAGUAGUGCAUCGCAUUGACUGGGCUGCUUUCGAUAGCUGCACCAACGCUGUUAAACAAGCUGUCUAUAACAUCACCUUGCACCAAAUGGUGGGCGGAUUUGGAACUUCGAUCACCAAAGAAAUAGGCAAAAUCAUUGAAUCUAUCCUCGGAAAGCUCAUCUACGAUGACGGUGACGAUACCGAUACAGGAAUCGCAAGGUUCGACGAACCGUUGGUGUCUUCUGCGGUGAGGGCCCAUUGCAGGGAGGCUCUGCUCGACCAUAUGUCAUCUCACUGGUCGGCAUUGGACGAUCCCGUCUCGAAAGGCUUCGCUUUCGAACGCCAAAUCCCAAUGGUCAUCGUAGAUGUGAUGGGGGACUUCGCACCAUUGGAGGAUCUUCUCGAAAUUGCCGAGGACUCGAAGUUCGCACACCUAGCAAAACGUGAAUUCCGUCUGGUCAGUGUUCGCAUGGAGCGUGGUGAGUAUGUAGCGUCGGCGGUCUCGGCGACAUCGGGCCCUUGCCCCCAGCUCGCCUACCAGACAGAGACGGCCAUUGAUUACCUAAAUUACGUCAAGACUCCCGGGGGCGCGGCAAUCAUCUAUCCUGACAAGCUUGAAGGUCCCGACUUGCACAACGAGAUACAGGAUAAGAAUACAGGGAAGAUAGUCGAUGUCGUGACACAGGCCAAGCUCAGCGUGAGUUCCGAUGGGGUGAGGAAUGACGUGUGCAGAAAAGGCGUCGAGAGCCUUGAACCUAGUCGCUUCCACCAGCGAUAUGACAAGAAGGAGGAGGCGUGGGUUCAUACGACCCAAUACGGCCCGGACAUUCAGAAGCAAUGGAAAAAUAUGAGAAAGGCGCGGUACCCAGGGUAUACACCACCUAAGCUGUCAAAAGCAAAAAUGGCUGCUGAGCUCAGGAAGAUUCCCGACAUGAUUCCUGUUCUUGCCAUCGCGGGGGUGCCGAAGUCGAACUUUUUCAAGGAGCACAAGGAUGUCGCGCUGAUGAAGCUCCACCACUUCCCGCGACUCUUCGGUAAGACCUGGCCUACUGCUCUCAAGAGGAGCCGGCCUCAGCCUCCGAUGCCGAGGUGA